ACGGGAGAGAGGCACACAGAGAGAGUCUGUGUUGCGAUUGGUUGAUAAGGAAGUUGAUUGGGAGGGCUCAAAUGACAGAAAACCUUUCUCUCUCUUUCACUCUUCUUCUCUUCUUGCUCCAUCCAUCUUUCAUCCCUCUCUCUCCUGCUGGACACCAAGAGGGGCCGGAUCGCUGUCUUUCCAACUGAGUGGCUGUUCCUUUAGUUCAUUCUUACUUGGGGAUGGUGGUAGGUAGGUAGGAAGGUAGGGAGGGAGGUAGAUGGACAUCUGAAUAUUUAGACAGUGAUAGAAAGGUAGAAAGAGCGACACAUCGGAUUCCAUCGCUGGGGAAACAUCUGACACAACCCAUCACCAUGACGACGGUAAUCUGCACCCGCUUCACAGAGGAGUUCCAGAUGUUUGAGGAACUGGGGAAAGGAGCGUUCUCGAUCGUCCGCCGCUGCGUGAAGGUGCUGUCAGGCCAGGAGUACGCUGCCAAAAUCAUCAACACCAAGAAACUCACCAGUAGAGACCACCAGAAGUUGGACCGAGAGGCUCGAAUUUGUCGCUUACUGAAACACCCAAACAUUGUCCGUCUACAUGACAGUAUCUCAGAGGAAGGACACCAUUAUCUGAUAUUUGACCUUGUAACUGGUGGAGAGUUAUUUGAAGAUAUCGUAGCGAGAGAAUACUACAGUGAAGCCGAUGCCAGCCACUGUAUCCAGCAGAUAUUGGAGGCGGUGCUUCACUGUCACCAGAGUGGUGUGGUUCACCGUGACCUCAAGCCGGAGAAUCUGCUGCUGGCCUCCAAGUCAAAGGGGGCCGCGGUGAAGCUGGCUGACUUCGGCCUGGCCAUCGAGGUGGAGGGGGAGCAGCAGGCGUGGUUUGGCUUUGCUGGGACCCCUGGGUAUCUUUCACCUGAGGUUUUGAGGAAGGAUCCUUACGGCAAAGCAGUCGACCUUUGGGCCUGUGGUGUGAUUCUAUACAUCUUGUUGGUGGGGUACCCACCCUUCUGGGAUGAAGAUCAACAUCGACUCUACCAGCAGAUCAAGGCUGGAGCAUACGAUUUCCCCUCGCCGGAGUGGGACACGGUGACUCCAGAGGCCAAAGAUCUCAUCAACAAGAUGCUAACCAUCAACCCAGGAAAGCGCAUUACUGCCGCAGAAGCCCUGAAGCAUCCCUGGAUCUCACACCGCUCAACAGUGGCGUCCUGCAUGCACCGACAAGAGACUGUGGAGUGUUUGAAGAAAUUCAACGCCAGGAGAAAGCUCAAGGGAGCCAUACUAACCACAAUGUUGGCCACCAGGAAUUUCUCAGGAGGGAAGAGUGGGGCCAACAAGAAGACCGACGGCGUCAAGGAAUCAUCAGAAAGCACCAACACAACCAUAGAGGAUGAAGACACACGAGUGAGGAAACAAGAUAUAAUCAAAGUGACUGAACAGCUCAUCGAGGCAAUAAGCAACGGAGACUUUGAGGGCUACACGAAGAUGUGUGAUCCAGCGGUGACUGCGUUUGAGCCUGAAGCGCUGGGGAACCUGGUGGAAGGUCUAGACUUCCAUCGCUUCUACUUUGAGAACCCAGUGUGGUCUAGGAACAGUAAGCCGGUCCACACCACUAUCCUCAACCCCCACAUCCACCUGCUGGGGGAGGAGGCGGCCUGCAUCGCCUACAUCAGGGUCACUCAGUACAUCGACCCCAACGGAACCCCCAGGACCGCCCAAUCAGAGGAGAGCAGGGUGUGGCAUCGUAGGGACGGGAAGUGGCAGAUCGUCCAUUUUCACCGCUCAGGGUCGGCCUCCACGCUCAGCAAUUAGCUGAUCUUCACAAGGAGCUUCGACGGAUCUGACUGAGACUGACAGCAUGUUGAUGAAGCCAGUUGUCUUUGGGAAGAAGUACCAAAACUAACCAAUCAAAUGAUGAGGCUGCCCCUCUCCACCUGCUCUGCGGCUUCUGGUUGGACGGUUGUUGGGAGUUUGCUUCAGUAUUGACCAAUCAAUCAUGCCAGUACAAGACAGAAGAUUACACCAUCUGUACAACAAAUGUGUCACUUGUAGACCACAACAUACUACACAUGUAGACCGCAACAUAGUAGACAUGUUCACCACAGAAUGUUACACAUGUACACCGCAGAAUAUAAAGGUUUGGAAAUGGUUCAUUUUACGGUAAAUGUGUUUACCGUCAGGUUUGUUCCAGAGUAAUCUAACUUCUAAUGGCUGCUUUCAUUUAGUCCUUCCUCUCACUGUUCUUCCACUCAUCCUAGGUCUUCCCAUUUUAUCAACACCUUCAAACCAAGCAGUACUAGGGCACCACUCUACCAAGUACAACUACUACUACUUCUGCUACUGAGUACCACUAGGGCACCCCUCUACCAAGUACUACUGCAAAGUCUACUGAUCUAUCUAGCUAUCAAUCUAGAACUUGAACUAUCACUCGAGUUAUCUAUCUAUCUAUCUAUCUAUCUAUCUAUCUAUCUAUCUAUCUAUCUAUCUAUCUAUCUAUCUAUCUAUCUAUCUAUCUAUCUAUCUAUCUAUCUAUCUAUCUAUCUAUCUAUCUAUCUAUCUAUCUAUCUAUCUAUCUAUCUAUCUAUCAACCUAUCUAUCUAAUCUAUCUCUUUCUCUCUCCCUCUGUCUCUCUUUCUUUAUCUAUUUAACGAGCUGUUUAUCUCUCUGUCUCUCUCACUUCCUCUUUAUCUAUCUAGUAUCUAUCCAUCAAUCUUUCUCUGUCUUUCUUUCUUUCUUUCUCUCUCUCUCUCUCUCUCUCUCUCUCUCUCUCUCUCUCUCUCUCUCUCUCUCUCUCUCUCUCUCUCUCUCUCUCUCUCUCUGUCUCUCACUCUCUGUCUCUCUGUCUCUCUAUCUCUGUCUCUCUCCUUAUCUGCUAUCUUUCCAUUUAUCUAUCUAUCUAACGAUGGCUCAUAUCAGUUGAACCGAACGUUGUGAGCAUGUCAAGCUCAUUAACGUAGUGUGUGUGUUUGCGUGUCUAGUUGAAGUGUGAGUGUGUUUUGGGUUUUACGUAUUGAGCUAGUUUUGACGUGUUUUAGUGAAUCCAGGAUUAAUUUAUUGUGAAACUGGUUUGUGAGUUCCGCCUCGUGGCUCCAUAUCUAUUUACUAGGGUUAGGGUUAGAUAUAGGGUUUGAUUUGGGGUAUUUCUAACCCUAACCCAUAUCUAUUUACUCUUCCUCUGGAAAUGUACUUGUUUUGUUUCAAGUAACUUGACUUUAUCCUUUGGUUUAAUGCAUGCUUGAAUGGGAAUUUGUGUUUUGAUAUGGUUGCUGUGACAAUUUAAAGUUUACACUGCUUUUGUUGCUGAUGAGUUAGCAUGUUUCAAUCAAAACAAGUGUUUUAGUCACAAAGUAGAGCAUUUUGAAGGUGCACUUGGUGAUUUAGAGCUAUAGUACCUGUAGGUUUAUAAAAAGGUAUUGGUUUUCUACCUUUGCCAGAAUAUUUUCCAUGAUGAUGAAUGUAUAUCUACAUCUAAACGCGAUAUUAAUUAAUUUAAUCUAUAUUGCUUUUCUAUGUGAACACUUUUAAUGUUCAGUGAAAUGCUCUAGGGCGGGUGUUACCUCAAAUAAACAUGACAUUGAUUGUAUUAAGCCGCUAGGGUAAAUACACGUUUACUCUAACCUAUAGGUCAAGGUUAUACCUAAAUCCAGGUUAUAGGAAUAUGGUCAUCGUUUUUUAGGGAAAUGUAUUUAAUCUACAAACUGUGUUAAAUCAUGGAAUACCUUUUAAAGAGAAAUUAUCUGGAUCAGGGUUUAAACCUGUUUGCCAACUCCUACCCUAACAUAACCAUAUAUUUAUUUAGUACUUUAGUAAAUAUAUUAAAUUCAGACAAAUAAACGUAUACUUCUCACAUACAGGCAAUAAUUCAACACUUUAACACACAUUUUUAGAAUAGAGGAUCCUUUUAAAUUAUUAAACUUGCAUAAAUUACAACAAUUUGAUACAUAUAUAGUAUAGUAAAAUGAUGUCAACCAUAGAAAGAAUUAUUAAGAGGCUUUUUUUUCAUCAUCUGUUAUAAUCUGUAAUUUUAUAGAUUAAAUUAGAGAUUUAUUAGAUUAUAACAUGUUUAAGGGUUAUCUACAACUAUCUAUCUGUUACCUUUAAAGGUUAAAUAUAUGGUGUCAUUCUUAAUGACUAAGGCAAUUUACUCUGGUUGAAUGUUGUUACAUGAUGAAUAUUAAUAUUCUGAUGCUCUGCUACAAUGUUUUAUAAAUAUGUGUAAAACUGUCCGUUACAAAGAGAAUGCCAAUGACACAAAUGAGGUCUUUAUAAAGUUGUACACCAGUAUUAAGACGAUGCUAAACUUAAUUCCAGCUUGAUUUAAUGGUGCAUGCCACGUCAGUUCCAUGCUUCAAGUGAUGUUUGUUGAUAUCUCCUUAUAAGGCCAUGCUGGAGUGCUUUCAUGGCAGAUUAUCAGAUACAUUCUGAAUAAACAAUCCCAAUAAAGGUACUGUACACUUCUGA